AUGAACUUUCGAGAAUGCUCACAAGAGUGUGACUCGCAGGCGUUGACGACGGGGCGCGGCGGCGCAGGCAACAUCCACUCGAGCUCGAUGGCCCGCCUGAUCUCGCGUGUCGCGCGCCCCCAGGACCACCCACAGACGGCGUCGCUGCUCGCCGACCGCGAGGCGGCCGAAGCCGAGUACGAGCGCAGCGUGAUCCGCGCGAGCGAGGAGGCGGCAAAAGCGCGCAAGCAGUCGUCCGGGCGCGGGGGUGCAGGGAACAUCGCGCGGUCGCAGUCAAAGGGCCCGCGAUCCAAGUCCAAGUCGUUCUCGAAGGCGCGACGGUCGUUCUCAAAGAGCCGGCGGUCACAGUCGCGUGACGACGAGGGCUCACAGGAGCCGCGGUCGUCGAUGCAUUCA